AUGUUCAUAAGCAUUGUCACCAUGGCCCUGGCCCAUGACCCCUGUGAAGCAUUGCUGUUUGCCUUGAAUGACCUUGAGGAGGAAAACUUCAAGACAUUAAAGUUCCACUUGCAGAACAUGACCCAGCAUAAUGGUCAUCGGCAGCUGGCCCGAGAGGAGCUGAAAAGCCUGAGUCCAGUGGACCUGGCAUGUCGACUCAUUCUAAUGUAUGGAGCACACAAGGCUGUGAAAGUGGUGCUUAAGGGCUUGAAAAAGAUGAAUCUGUUGGAACUCGUGGACCAGCUCAACCAUGUUUGUCUGAAUGAUUACAGAGAAAGAUACCGAGAGUUUGUGCACUGCCUAGAGGAGAGGCAAGAAUGGCGAGUCAAUGGCAACUAUAACCAGCUGCUUCUGGUGGCCAAGUCCAGCCCAGGGAUCUCAGAACCACCUGCCUGUCCUACCCUGGAGCAGCAGCUAGACUGGGUCAUGGUGAAUGCUCUGUUUGAUCCAGGGGAAAAGCUCCACAAGCCCACAGUGGUGCUUCAGGGGUCUGCUGGCACUGGAAAGACAAUCCUGGCAAGAAAAAUGGUGUUGGACUGGGCCACUGGUAGCCUGUUUUCAAGCCAAUUUGAUUAUGUCUUUUACGUUAGCCGCAGGGAAGUGAUUCUGCUGCCGGAGUGGGAGCUAGACCAGCUCCUCUUCUGGUGUUGUGGGGAUAAUCAAGCACCUGUCAAAGAGAUUCCUAGGUAGCCAGAACGGCUCCUGUUCAUCCUGGAUGGCUUUGAUAAGCUGCAGAGGCCUUUUGCUGGUAAGUUGAUGAGGCCAAGGUUGAGUCUCAUGGAGGACCUGCUGCAUCUUCUAAUUAGGAAAAAGAUUCUUUCUGAGUCCUCCCUCAUCACCACUCAGCCCCUGGCUUUGAAGAAUCCGGGGUGCUUGCUGGAGCAACCACAUCAUGUCCAUAUCCUAGGCUUCUCUGAGGAGUAGAGGAGAAGGUAUUUCAGCUCCUAUUUCACAGAUGAGAAGCAAGCCAGAAAUGCCUUUGACUUUGUACAAAGAAAUGAUGUUCUCUACCAAGCGUGCCAGGUUCCAGGUAUUUGCUGGGUGGUCUGCUCAUGGCUAAAGGAGCAGAUGGAGAGAGGCAGGGCAGUCUCAGACAUAUUCAGUAGGAACACUGACAUCUACAUGCCCUAUGUCUCCACCUUCCUGCCACCCAAUGACAAUGGGGACUUCUUGGAGCUUCCCCGGCACAGGGUCCUGAGGGGUCUAUGCUCCCUGGCAGCUGAGGGGAUCCAGCACCAGAGGGCCCUAUUUGAAGAAGCCAACCUCAGGAAGCACAACGUAGAUGGGCCCGGCCUUGCUGCCUUCCUGAGCAGUAACGAUUACCAAGAGGAGCUUGACAUCAAAAAGAUGUACAGCUUCCACCAUAUUAGCUUCCAGGAAUUUUUUUAUGCCAUGUCCCAAAUGGUGAAAGAGGACCACAGCCAGCUGGGAGAGGAGUCCUGCAGAGAGCUGGAAAGGCUGCUGGAGACAAAGAAUGAGGAUAUGACCCUCAUUAUGCAGUUUUUAUUGGACAUACUGAAAGAAGAUAGCAGCUCCUCGAAUUUGGAGCUAAAGUUCUGUUUCAGAAUUUCUUCCUGGAUAAUGCAGGAUCUGAAGUAUUUUAAAAAACAACUGAAAUCUAUAAUGCAUAACAGCACCUGGGAUUUGGAAUUCUCCCUGUAUGAGUCUAAAAUCAAGAACCUGGUGAAGGGUGUUCAGAUGAGUGACGCAUCAUUUAAGAUGUCACAGUCACAUGAAAAGAGGGCCCACGUGGGGCACUUAUUUUCUGUCAAAACCAGCUUGAGAAAUGGGAAUGAAGAGGAGCAAAAAACGUCCUCUUGGGGCAAAGAUAAUACAGCAGGGACACAAAAGGAGGGGGCUUCUAAUGGAAAAGGCAAAGGGACUGAGGAACUAGAGACAAGGAAGUUAGGAGCAGUCAGAUGGGGAAGAACAGAAGUGGGGACAAUAGAGCUGAAGGGUCAGAGUGAUGAUGGGGUGGAGGGACAGGAGCAUUAG